UGUCACAGCCAUGAAAUUUGCCAAUUUAUGUUAUUAAAAUAAAAUUAAAUUUAACUGGAUGAUGGAGGCCACUACAACAGCCGCGAUUACGAAUCAUCACAUACGGCGGCACACCACAAUGGGAUUGUUUGCAACUUGUCGAACGCUCAGUAAGAAAAUCAUCAAACAGGGCUACCUUUAUAAACUGCCUGACAAAUCUAAGCUUGGAUCCUCUCUUAGGAAAGUGGUAAAGAGGUGGUUCGUGUUUGGCAUGUUGAACACAGAGAUUCCAUUCAUGGAUUACUACCUGUCAGAAGACGAUGCGUUCAGAGGUGUCCCAUCGGGAAAAAUUGACCUCAGCCAGUGUCUCUAUGUCCUCUCAAGUCAGAAAAAAUCUCACAACUGCGAACACAUAUUUUCGAUUGUUUUGAAAGGUAGAGUACUCUCUUUAUCGCCGUCUAACAGAACUUCCAUGUUGGAAUGGGUCAGUGCCUUGGAAAAUAAUUUAUUCAGAACUGGAAUAAUAGACUGCAUCGGAGGCGAGAAUGACUACAUGCCCAAUACACUAUCGAAACAUAAACCAAAAAAUCGCCUCCGAGUCGUCUCGUCAUUCUUUCCAGCACCACAUCCAGCUACGACAGAGGACCAGGUAAGCCACACUCGUACGAACCGCCCAGCGUCACUUCUAUCAUACUCUAAUCACAUCUACGUAAAUACUUCAGACUUGGUAGAGGCAGAUAAUGAAGGAAAUACUUUGCAGUCAAUAGUUAACUUUUAAAAAAAAUAGAUCGGUCAAGGAAUUGGUAAUAUAUCGUUUUAAAGAGAUUAUAGUCAACGCUUGUUUAUUGAUUUUAUUUUUUUCAUUAUUCUUUUUUACAUUUAUCUGGGUUUUUAAUGGGUAAGAAACAUAACACGAAUAAAACCAACUUUUGUUAUUU